AUGGCCGCGCGCAGACCCCCAUUUCUUCCAACUUCCCUCGAGACAAUCCUGCUCUCAAUCUAUCCUGCAACCCUCGUUGCAGGUUCGCUUUUCGCUCUCCUCGAUCCGUCUACGCGAUCCGCUCCAUACAAUGCAACGACACAAUCACACUUCGCAGAUACAGCACCUUCAUAUUUUGCUAAGAAGAGCAACAUAUUCAACGUCUUUUUCGUGAAGCAGGGUUGGGCGUGGAUCACAAUUAGUUACUUCUUCUUUCUCUUUACGCACCCUUCGACAGGUCCGCCUGGUUCCUUGGUUUUGACACCUAAACGAAUCCGAGGAGCAUUGAGAUGGACACUCGUUACAGUGUGGUGGAUAUUCGUCACACAGUGGUUCUUUGGGCCUGCCAUCAUUGACCGGAGCUUCUUGCUUACUGGAGGACAAUGUGAGCUAGUGGAACAAGCUGAAGCUGGGAACGUGGAUAUGGACCCUACACGGCAGUUUGUUACUGGUGUGGCAUGUAAAGCUGUUGGUGGGAAAUGGAGAGGUGGGCAUGAUAUCAGUGGGCACGUCUUCUUACUGGUUUUGGGAAGUAUGUUCCUCUUGGAGGAAGUCGUACACGUUAUCCUGAGAUCGUCAGCGGCAAAGGAGGAACGAACGAUCAUCAUGGACGACGGUGCGGUGAAAAGUGCCGAUGUCGAAGCCCCCUCGUCAAGAGACGCAGCGGCCGAAGGUUCUGUGUGGACUUUGGGCGUGAAGAUUAUCUUAGGAGUUGUGGGACUGAGUUUAUAUAUGUUGUUAAUGACAGCUGCGUAUUUCCAUACGUGGUUUGAGAAGCUCACUGGCUUGCUUGUGGCCCUCAGUGGCAUAUUUGUUGUAUAUUUCUUACCACGUGUAGUGCCAGCGGUAAGAAACGUUAUUGGCAUGCCGGGAGUAUAG